AUGAGUAGAUAUAAACAUAGUUCACCUGAGAAUGUACACUUAUUGACAGACUGGAACAAGGGUAGGGAGAGUGAAGGGCACCAAAGAUAUCUGGGGACUCUUUUUCCAGAGAACGAUGAUGAAUGUAAUAAAUAUGGGGAAGCCUUUUAUCAAAGCGCCGACCUUAUUACACACAGGAGUAUCCCUAAGGGAGAGAAUCUUUAUAAAUACAUUGAAUGUGAGAAAAUUCUUAACCAGUCUUCCAAUGUUGUUGAUCAGAGGGUUCAUGUGGGAAGAAACCAUUACAGAUGUAAUAAUCCUGGGAACAUGUUUAGUCAUUCAUCAAGACUAAGCACACAUAAGACAACUGGUACUGGAGAGGAAAGUUAUAUAGGUAACGAAUGUGGAAAAGCCUUUGACCACCAACAAAUACAUACUGGACAGAAACCUUACAAAUGUGAAGAAUGUGGCAAGACCUUUAAAUUCUGCUCAACCCUUACUCAACAUAAGUUAACUCAUAUUGGAGAGAAACCUUUCCAAUGUAAGGAAUGUGGCCAUGUCUUUAAACGGCUCUCAACCUUUACAGAACAUCACAGAAUUCAUAGUGGAGUGAAACCUUACCAAUGUAAUGAAUGUGGCAAAGCCUUUAACCGGCACUCAUCCCUUACAAGACAUCAAAGAAUUCAUACUCGAGAGACACCUUACAAGCGUAAGGAAUGUGGUAAGGCCUUUAUUCAUUCACAACCAUCUGAACAUCAAAAAAUUCGUACUGAGGAGAAACCUUACAAAUGCCAACAAUGUGGCAAGUCCUUUAACAGGUCCUCAGACUUUAUUCCACAUCACAGAAUUCAUACUGGAGAGAAACCUUACCAAUGCAAAGAAUGUGGCAAGACCUUUAACUGGCCCGCAUCCCUUAGGGUACAUCACAGAAUUCAUACUGGAGAGAAACAUUACAAAUGUAAAGAGUGUGGCAAGGCCUUUACCCACCUCUCAAGCCUUACCAACCAUCACAGAAUUCAUACUGGAGAGAAACUUUACCAAUGUAAUGAAUGUGGCAAGGCCUUUAGGUACUUCUCAACCUUUACACAACAUCGUGGAAUUCAUACUGGAGUGAAACCUUACAAAUGUAAAGAAUGUGGUAAAGCCUUUAACUGGCACUCAGCCCUUAAGACACAUCAAAGAAUUCAUAGUGGAGAGAAACCUUACCAAUGUAAAGAAUGUGGCAAGGCCUUUUCCCGCCAGGCACAUCUUAAUGUACAUCACAGAAUUCAUAGUGGACAGAAACCUUAUGAAUGUAAAGAAUGUGGCAAGGCUUUUAGCUACAUCUCAAACUAUACACAACAUCACAGAAUUCAUAUUGGAGUGAAACCUUACAAAUGUCAAGAAUGUGGCAAGGCCUUUUACCGCCAGGCAUAUCUUAAUGUACAUCACAGAAUGCAUAGUGGAGAGAAACCUCACAAAUGUCAAGAAUGUGGCAAGACCUUUAACCAGCAUUCAACCCUUAGAGAACAUCAAGGAAUUCAUACUGGACAGAAACCUUACCAAUGUAAAGAAUGCGGCAAAGCCUUUAAUUGGCAAUCGGCCCUUAAAAGACAUCACAGAAUUCAUAGUGGAGAGAAACCUUACCAAUGUAAAGAAUGUGGCAAGACCUUUAGCCAGCACUCAUCCCUUAGAGAACAUCAAGGAAUUCAUACUGGACAGAAACCUUACCCAUGUACAGAAUGUGGCAAAGCCUUUAACUGGCCAUCAGCCCUUAAGAGACAUUACAGAAUUCAUAGAGGAGAGAAACCUUACCAAUGUAAAGAAUGUGGCAAGACCUUUAACCACCACUCAUCCCGUAGUAGACAUUACAAAACUCAUACUGGAGAGAAACCUUACCAAUAUGAACAAUGUGGGAAAACGUUUUAUCACUGUUCAACCUUGACUUAUUAACAUAGAAUUCAUACUAGAGCAAAGCUUCUAAAUGUUAAG